AUGACUGAAUUCAUGCUUGCUCAAAUUCUGAUGGUCAACGUUGUAGCAAUAAAUAUCUUCACCACGAUGUUCUUCGGCACAAACUACUCUUUUGGCAAGUUUGAUAGCGGUAUACUUCUGUGGUCAUUUGGUGUUCCCUUCAUCGGCGCGUUGAUUGCUGCCAUACUUGAUCAGUUUGGACCGAUAGAAAUUGCAUGCUUUUUCGACGCUGUAAAUGGCAAGGUUGCAAGUUUGGUACUAAUUACGAUCCCCAUCACAGCAAUCAUGGUCGUCAACGUUCUGCUCUACAUUUUGACAUUCAUCAAGAUCCGUAUUGACGUGAGGGCUAUGAAACAAAGACUAGGCAAUAUUGCUUCAACAGCUGGUAGUCAUAUAAGGGCUGCCCGCAAUAUGUCUAUGUUUGUGGUGGCCUUCUUCGUCCAAUGGUCCAGCAUUGCUCUGAGUGGCGUUUGGUUAAUGUUUGCAGAUGAUAUAACCGAUAUACCGGAAGGUCUUAAAAUUAUCCUUGGAAUUUUUACCAACCUUGGCGGUGUUCUAAAUUUGAUCGUUUACCUCGCGGUAUUUAGGAAAACAAGGCCUAUGUCAAAUAUGGCUACAAGUAUGGAACCGCCAAAUUCACACACGGUCAGCGACAACAACAAAAAACCUGCUAAUAGCUCUGUGCAAGUUAAUGAAAAAUUCCAGUUUAACUAA